UGGUCACCUGCCCCUGUCGUGCUUACCUCAGCAGCGGAUUUAACGUUGGAUUUUGGAGGGGAUGGGAGUCUCUUCUUGUCUUUCAUCGGUCACCGACAGUCAUCGCAGUCCAGAGACAAAUGGCCUUGGAUCAAAACCGUCGGUUACGAAUCCUCGCGAACGGGGAUCAACCCGGCUCCGGUGUGUACACGAUGGAACAUGCAAGAGUAUAAGAUGGCCGAACGCCUCAAGAUCCAGGGCAUAAUGAACAACCAUCUCAGCCCUCUGGACAGAAGCUUCUCUGGCUACCUCUUGAAUCCCUCAAGCUCACACAUCGCAUAGAAAAUGCCGAACGUUCUCAUCGUCGGCGCAACCGGCUAUCUUGGCCUUUCUCUCGCCAAGUCAUUGCUGCAGACAGGUGCCUAUACAGUCUGGGGCACUGCAAGGAGCCCCGAAAAGGCGAAGACACUGCUGGUGAACGAAGUCUCCCCAGUCGAACAGGACAUCACAAACUCUGAGGCUCUAUCCGAAUUCAUCGCUACAAACUCGAUCGACAUCGUGGUAGAUGCGUCGUCCGCCUACGAGCAGUCGGGCCAGAUACUGGCCGGAGUUGUAAACGCAUCCAAAGCUCGGCAGGAGGCUCUCGCAAAGGAAAAUAUCAUCUCUCCCAAACUCGGCUUCGUCUACAUUUCUGGAACUUGGGUCCACGGGUCUCCUGCCACCCGUGUCAGCGACCUUGCUCCGGUCGGCAGCAAGUUAUCCGCCGGCAAGCCUGCGACGGCGGUGGCGUGGCGACCGGCUCACGAACAAGCCAUUCUUGCCGCCCGCGAUACGUUGGACGUGGCGAUUGCCAGACCCGGUGCUCUGUACGGCCGCAGCUCGUGGGUGUUCGAUACUUGGUGGCGUGUUCUGUUGGAAGCUCGCCAAACGGACAACACCGCCACAGUCCAGGUGCCCGCUGAUAGGGCUGCGCGAACCGGUAUUGUUCAUGUCGACGAUGCGGCGGCUGCCAUUCGCUCAAUCAUCGACCGUCUCGACGGCCGGUUGGGAUCAUGGCCCGUGUUUGACCUUGUUACCGAGACCCUUUCCGUGGUCGAGAUCAUGGAAGCUGCGAAGGCAGUGCUGGAAGUGAAGGCGCCGCUGGAGUAUACCGGCACUCACGGCAACCCCUUUUUGGAGGCUCUCAGUUUAAUCUGCAACACGAAUGCUUCUCAUGCCAGGAUUGUGUUGGGCUGGGAACCAAAGCGCGUCGAGUUCCUGUUGAACGUUGCAGUCUUCGUCAAGGCAUGGCAGGCUUCGCAGUAAACCUGUGAGACUGAUUGUUGGGGGCUUUAAAGUCUGACUCCAUGUCUCUGUCAGCGUAAGUAUGCGGACUCCUAGCAGAAUCGUCUUUCGGCAUGUCUCCCUAUACAUAAUUAUUGCAUAUUCUUCAUCUCGGCCAGAGUUGGCUCAAGGUGAACAAUCUUGAUGAUAUCCCG